UUUUCUGUUGCUGUUUUAGCUUUCCAACUGAUCCUCAGGAUUUGAAUCAUGGACAUGUUAUCCUUGGUGUUUGUGCAUGACUAUUACCUUCUCUGCAUGUGAUGUUUAAAAAGUAAUCACUGUUUGAAGUUUAGAGACCAAAGCUACAGCAGGAUGUCAUUUUACCAUUUUCUGCAUAUUACAGAACAUGGCUAACAUCAGUACCCCCAUUUCAAGGUUCUGUGGAAUUUGCCUCUUUAUCUAUAGAAGCAUCUUAUUUUUAGUUUUUCAUUUUGUUCCUGUAAUGCUGCUAGGAUGAAUUGGAGACUGAAUUGGAGACGGCUGUUGCAGUUCUACAUUUCAGUGUGUUAACGAUGUUUAUCAUAUACUUGGCAAGGAGGACUUUCUCCAACCAUUGAUAAUUUUUAGCUGGGGAAGAUUCGCCUUGAAACCAUGCCUUCUCUUCAGUUAUUUCAGCUAACUAAGAAUGGUCGAAAUCUUUUGUCGUCAAGGAGGAGAGCCCUGGCAUUAGCCAGUAGUAUCUUAGUUGCUGGUGGAACAGCAGCAUACAUGCGGUCACGAUUGCGGAGCAGAAGUGGAAAUCCUGGCUCUUCUGAUCAUUAUUCUGAACCUGCUAUUGAUAAAGAAAAAUCAAGUCAGGUCGAUGUAAAUGAUACUGUUGUGAGGAAAACUAGGGUAAAGAAAAGAGGUCUGAGCUCUCUUAAAGUUCUAACUGCAAUCCUACUUUCUCGAAUGGGACAAAGGGGUACAAGUGACCUUCUAGCUCUAGUGACCAUAGUGGCAUUGCGGACUGCUUUGAGCAUUAGAUUGGCAAAAGUGCAAGGAUUCCUAUUUCGUGCUGCUUUUCUUCGACGAAUACCAUCCUUUUUACAUCUGAUCCUUGAAAACAUUAUUUUAUGUUUCCUUCGAUCAGCCUUGUCUUCCACCUCGAAGUACAUAACAGGAACCCUAAGUUUACGCUUCAGAAAAAUACUGACUGAUCUUAUUCAUGCUCAUUACUUUGAGAAUAUGGCAUACUACAAACUAUCAAAUAUUGAUGGUCGAGUAACCAAUCCUGAACAACGAAUUGCUAGUGAUAUACCGAGGUUCUGUUCAGAAUUGAGUGAUCUCGUACAGGAGGAUCUGACAGCAGUUACUGAUGGUUUGCUUUAUACGUGGCGUCUGUGUUCUUAUGCAAGCCCAAAAUAUUUUUUCUGGAUAUUGGCUUAUGUUACUGGUGUGGGGAUUGUCACUGGAAAUAUCUCUCCUGCAUUUGGAAAACUGAUGUCAAAAGAGCAACAGUUGGAAGGUGAGUAUCGACAGCUUCAUUCGCGGUUGAGGACUCAUGCAGAGAGCAUAGCAUUUUAUGGUGGAGAGAAUAGAGAGGAAUUUCAUAUCCAACAGAAAUUCAAGACUCUUGUUAGGCACAUGAAGCUUGUACUUCAUGACCAUUGGUGGUUUGGCAUGGUUCAAGACUUCCUGUUGAAGUAUCUUGAUAAAACAGUAGCAGUUUUUCUUAUCAUUGAGCCCUUUUUCUCUGGCAAUCUAAGGCCUGAUACUUCAACUUUAGGACGAGCAGAGAUGCUUAGCAAUCUAAGAUAUCAUACAAGUGUGAUAACAUCCUUGUUUCAGGCCCUUGGAAAUCUUUCUAUAAGUUCAAGAAAGCUAAAUCGUCUCAGUGGUUAUGCUGAACGCAUUCAUGAACUAAUGGCCAUUUCGAGAGAACUGAGCGCUGUUCAUGAUAAAUUUUCUGGUCAAGGAAAUGGAAGUAGGAGUUAUUUUACCGAAGCUAACUAUAUUGAGUUUGCUAAUGUCAAGGUUGUUACACCAACAAAUAAUGUCCUUGUGGAGGAUUUGACUCUUAGAGUAGAAUCAGGAACUAAUCUUUUGAUUACAGGUCCAAAUGGUAGUGGAAAAAGUUCUCUUUUCCGUGUUCUAGGAGGGCUUUGGCCACUAGUAUCUGGCUACAUUUCAAAACCUGGGGUUGGUUCUGAUCUCAAUAAGGAGAUUUUCUAUGUUCCACAAAGACCUUAUACAGCUGUAGGAACACUUCGGGACCAGUUAAUUUAUCCUCUUACAGCAGAUGAAGAGAUUGUACCACUUACACAUAGUGGAAUCGCUGAGCUGUUGAAAAAUGUUGAUCUUGAGUACCUAUUGGGUCGUUAUCCACCAGAGAGGGAGAUAAACUGGGGUGAUGAGCUCUCUCUUGGAGAACAACAAAGGCUGGGGAUGGCUAGACUCUUCUACCAUAAACCUAAGUUUGCUAUUCUCGAUGAGUGCACCAGUGCCGUGACAACUGAUAUGGAGGAACGGUUCUGUGCCAAAGUUCGAGCAAUAGGAACAUCAUGUAUCACUAUAUCACAUCGUCCUGCCCUUGUUACAUUUCAUGACAUGGUUUUAUCCUUGGAUGGGGAAGGAGGCUGGACCGUUUAUCACAAGAGGGAGGAUUCUCCACUGCCUAUAGAAGCUGGGCUGGAGAAAACAAAGUCAUUUGAAACAGACCGCCAAAGUGAUGCAAUGGCAGUUCAGCGAGCUUUUGCUACCACUAGGGAGGACACUGCAUUCUCAAAUUCCAAAGUACAAUCAUAUGUUGUAGAGGUGGUAGCAAGGUCUCCUACUGCAGAUCAUAAAGAGUCAUUGCCUGUUGUUCCGCAAUUGCAAACGACUCCAAGGGCCUUACCACUAAGAGUAGCAGCCAUGUUUAAAGUACUGGUACCCACACUGCUUGAUAAACAGGGCACACAGCUGUUUGCUGUAGCUUUACUUGUCAUGUCAAGGACAUGGAUCUCAGAUCGUAUUGCUUCUUUGAAUGGGACUAGUGUGAAGUUUGUUUUGGAGCAGGAUAAAGCAGCUUUUAUUCGUUUGACUGGUGUUAGUGUUCUUCAAAGUGCUGCAUCCUCUAUUGUAGCGCCUUCUUUGAGAUACUUGAAAGCAAAACUAGCCCUUGGAUGGAGAAUUCGUUUAACUCAACAUUUGCUCAAAAACUACUUGAGAAAGAACACAUUUUACGAGGUAUUCCACAAUUCAGCUAAAAAUAUUGAUGCAGAUCAGAGGAUAACACAUGAUGUGGAAAAGCUGACUACUGCCUUGUCAGGACUUGUCACCGGAAUGGUUAAGCCGUCUGUGGACAUUCUUUGGUUCACCUGGAGGAUGAAGCUGUUAACUGGCCAAAGGGGAGUUGCGAUACUAUAUGCAUAUAUGUUACUGGGUCUUGGUUGUCUAAGGAGUGCUACACCUGACUUUGGUGAUCUAACUAGCCAAGAGCAACAACUUGAGGGAACCUUCAGAUUCAUGCACGAAAGGCUCCGUACUCAUGCUGAAUCCAUUGCCUUCUUUGGGGGCGGUGCCAGAGAAAAAGCUAUGAUUGAUUCAAGAUUCAGAAUGCUGCUUGGUCACUCUAAAAUUCUUCUAAAGAAGAAAUGGCUGUACGGUAUACUGGAUGAUUUUAUCACCAAGCAACUCCCACACAAUGUGACUUGGGGGUUGAGUUUAUUAUAUGCUCUGGAGCACAAGGGUGAUCAAGCAUUGACUUCCACCCAAGGUGACCUUGCACAUGCAUUGCGGUUCCUUGCAUCUGUUGUAUCACAAAGCUUCCUAGCUUUUGGUGACAUUCUUGAGUUGCAUAGAAAAUUUCUUGAACUUUCUGGUGGCAUCAAUAGGAUUUUUGAGCUGGAUGAGCUUCUUGGUGCAGCUCAAAGCGAGGUUCAGUUGUGUGAUACUCCAAUUUCACUUGAGGACAAUGAUGUUGCAGCAGAAGAUAUUAUCUCAUUCUCAGAGGUGGAUAUUAUCACCCCAACGCAGAAGUUGUUGGCUAGGAAGUUGACAUGUGACAUUGUUCCAGGGAGAAGCAUGCUUGUUACUGGUCCCAAUGGGAGCGGGAAGAGUUCUGUUUUCAGAGUUCUUCAUGGCUUAUGGCCGACUGCAAGUGGAAGACUGACUAAACCAUUACAAAGUAUCAAAGAAAAGGAAAGCUCAAGGUGUGGUGUCUUCUAUAUUCCUCAACGACCAUAUACAUGUUUGGGAUCCCUAAGGGAUCAAAUUAUCUACCCUCUCUCGCAUGAAGAAGCGAAAGGCAUUGCAGUCAAGAUGUUUGGACAAGGUGAAAAGUCUGAGGAUGGUGGAUACUUACUGGACCCACAUUUGAGAUCGAUUCUUGAAAAUGUUCGAUUGAUCUACCUUCUGGAAAGGGAGGGAGGUUGGGAUGCUACUGUGAACUGGGAAGAUGUUCUCUCUCUUGGGGAGCAGCAAAGACUUGGCAUGGCCCGCCUAUUCUUUCAAAGACCUAGAUUUGGUGUUCUUGAUGAAUGCACCAAUGCUACAAGUGUUGAUGUCGAAGAGCACCUGUAUAAGCUGGCACAGGAGAUGGGCAUCACUGUUAUUACCACCUCACAACGACCAGCUCUGAUACCGUAUCAUUCCACGGAACUGCAAUUGGUUGAUGGUGAGGGUAAAUGGGAGCUACGAUCAAUUAAACAUUAGCUUGCUUUUGCUGCUUUGCAAAAACUAGCUCCUCCAGAUAGAUAGGAAAUAUUUCCACGGCCAAGCAGUGGUUCCCCUCUGCAUUCUGCACUAAAUUGAUCAAAACUGCAAGAGCGAGAAACUCAAGUAAUUCCUACAUCAAGAAUGUGCCAUGGGGGGUGCAAAAGCAGAAGCCUGUGAAAACAACAUUGUAGGAGCUGCAACGAGAAACAAAAGAGGUGAAGAUACGGCAUAUAAAAUAUGCCUAAUUGUAACAUUUGAAGAAAAAAAAUUAUGUGCAGGCAUGUGCCAGUUUAUAGUUAAAACUGGGAUGUUAUGAUUUUAUUAGCAUCCCACAAA